AUGCGAAGAGGGGUGGGGAAUGGAGAUGGGGGCAAUAUGGGGGAUGGGUUUGAUACUGCAAUGCUUGAUGUAGUAAGUAAUAAAAGGGCUGGUAGUGAGCUGGAAGAGGAGUGUAGUGCCAAGGGUCUUGAAAAACGAGUGAAGUAUGAUGAUGUGAGCUAUGGGGACAGCAAAAUCCAAUCAGUGGUGAAAGAUGCGUGGGAAGGUGAUGUGGGUAGGCCCAUUAGUUCCAACAUAACUGUGUGCGCAAAUAACUUAAGCAAAUGGGCAAGUGAAGUGUCUGGGGAUGUAAAGAAAAAAAUUUCCUUGAAGGAGAAAGAGUUGCAAGAUCAAGAGUGGCAGAGCCGGGACCCUGAUGUGGAUAUGAUCGAAAAUAGUAAGGGGAUUGUGAAGAAAUUGGAUGAAUUGCAGCGCCUUGAUGAUUCGUAUUUGCAUGCCCCUUCCCGAGUUAAUGAGGUUAAGGAUGGGGAUAAGAAUACCUCUAAUUUCCAUCAUAAGGCGAGUUAUAGACAACGAAGGAAUUUCAUCCAUGAGCUUGAGGAUAAUAGUGGUCAAAUGCACGAUAAUGAAGAGGAAAUUGCAGAAAUUAUUUCUGGAUAUUUCUCUAAUAAUUUUGAGUCGUCUUCGCCUUCUGAUUUUCAGGAGGCUACCGCAGGGCUUGAUUGUUUGGUGACGGACAAGAUGAAUCAAAUGUUGACUACUACUCUCACGGCGGAGGAGAUUCAUAGAGCUCUUAUGCAAAUGCAUCUGAAUAAGGCCCCUGGAGUUGAUAGUAUGCAUGCUCUUUUCUACCAAAAAUGUUGGCAUAUUGUUGGACAUGAUGUAGUUGCUUGUGUUCAGAAUUGGUGGACUAAUGGGGGGGGGAUCUUGGAGGGAUAA